AUGCAAGCAAAGGCAAAGCGCAGAUUUGUAAAUACGUAUCUUACUGAAGUUGGAGAUUUGCGCAGAUCAAUCAAUCGUUCACAGCUGUAUAAAAUUUUGAUUGCUUCCGGUAAAGAUGUAUUGUUAUCUGACCUUGGGUCAACAGGUCGGCUUUUCAACGAGUUUGAAAAAAGUCGCACCAAACUUAUAAAUAUUGUUCGACAACAAUAUAUGCAAAGUCAAGCUGCAAUGGCAAAACUUGAAGCUCGUGAUAGUGUUGACUACAUAUCAAAUAGAAACAAAAUUCAGUUCGAUUUGAAUACAACAACAUCAUUCUCCUCUCAGAUUUCGCGUCGAGCAUUUUGCGUAGUAAAUAAUAAUGACGAUCGUAAUUUACACUAUUAUUUCAUUGUCAAUCAUUCGCAAACUGUAUGCAUCGUUUGCGAAUUAUUAAUGAGCAAUGAUCAACCACCAGAACGAUCCUACAAGAAUGACAUAUAUGUUACACUUUACAACAAUAUUGAGGAGCAAAUUAUUACUAUUACUUUGAAAGCCGUCGGAGACGAAUUUAGUUUCUUCGCAAGGUCUGUACCUUUCAAUGCUAAUGAAACAGAACAUACAGCUUCAGCAGUAUAUAAAUUUAUGUAUAAGGAGUACACAGAUGUUUGA